AUUGUUCUAAAUUCUAUUCAAAUAGGUCAUUAGGUGGAAUGAGGAGGUAAAGCAUUUCACUGGGAAGUUUCUUCCAAAGGAAAAAAAAAACAACUAUGAGGAUCGUGUGCAGCCCCGUUCUUGCCAACAGUCUGGCUUACCGUCUAAGGGCCAUCGGGUAAUCUUUUCUGGCUUCUUGGUAGUACAGGCUUCCAUCACACAUGAUAAUAUAUAUUAUUGGAUACGUAAAUCAUAAGACUACAUAGAAAUUAAUUAACUCAGUUCGGAUAUGAAAUUGUAUUCACAACGUUCCCGCUCGUAUAUUGCUGUUAUUGCUAGACUGCCAUCAAAAUGGAAACAUAGUGAAGAGAUGAACAGACUUGAUUAAUAUGGAUUUUUGAAUUAAAGAUACAUCGUGUACCGGUUCAUUCUUAUAUACCCCACUUAAUUGAUCCAGAAAAGCUGCCGUUUCGGAAUGACAAGCUUCUGUUAAAGGCAAUAAUAACCUUUCAAAGGGUAUACAAAGUUGCCUAGCAACGGUUUUAAGGAGGAAGACACAACAAAAGUGGAAAUUUCAUUCUUAAAAUGUUGAAAUCUCUGGGACAGACCGAUGGCCAGCAGCCACAGCUGCAGCUUCUUUGGGAGGACAAGGAUGUCAAGUUUGAUACGCCUCAUCUGCACACUCGACUACGCACCGGAGAGAAGGUGCUGGACUACAUAUAUCACAUUGAGGACAGCAAGGGUAAUCCCGGGGACACGGGCCGCCUAAUGGUCACCAAUCUUCGAGUGAUUUGGCAUUCCUUAGUUCACAAAAAGUACAAUUUAUCCAUUGGGUUUGCUAGGUUUGGAAACACCAAUACCCGCAUUGUGCACAUGCACUCCAAGGGCAGGAUGCCCAGUCAGGCAUUGUACAUUCUGGCCAUCAGCAAUGAGACGCGUUUCGAGUUCCUCUUCACGGAUGUGUCCGGGGAGACGGCGCGCCGUGAACAGCCCAUCUUUGCCAGCGUCUUUGAUGUGUAUCAAUUAUAUCAACGUACGUAUCUCUAUCGCGACCUAAAGCUGCGAGGAGCCAUCGUACUCUCUGGACAACUGAUUAUCCUGCCCGAUGAGCAGGUCUAUAGCCAGGUACAGGGCGUCUGGAAUCUAUCCAGCGAUCAGGGAAAUCUGGGCAGCUUUGUUGUCUCCAACAUACGUCUUGUGUGGUUCGCUGAUGCCAAUGAGACCUUUAACAUCAGCCUGCCCUAUCUUCAGAUUGAAAGCCUACGUGUCCGAGAGUCGAAGUAUGGUCCUGCAUUGGUCAUCCAAACAGCCGAGACUGGAGGCGGCUAUGUACUCGGCUUCCGCAUCGAUCCCGCCGAGCGGCUGAACGAACUCUUCAAGGAGCUCUGUUCGCUGCACACCGUAUACAUAGAGCAGCCGAACUUUGGGAUCCACUACGAUGCCCAGGAUGCACGCCAGCGAUUGGCGGAUGCCGCCGAGGAAGCGGCCCAGGCUACGCAAUUCAAGAUCGAGAAUUUCGAGGAGCUGGACGAGCGGCAAGAGCGCGAGAUCAAUACCAAACUGAAUAGCUAUCUGGCGGAGGGUUGUGUGUCGAACAACAAUACGGAUCAGUCGGACAGGGAGCCGGUGUAUUGCAAGGAGCUGGGCUUUGCAAUGGAGCGCAUACGGGAGGGAUACAAGCUGCAGGAUCUGUGGAAUGUUAUGCCCACCAAAAUGGAGACUUUCGAGGAGUGAUCUGGAAGAGAGAUCAAAAGAAAUAUAGACAGGAAAGUAAUUUGAAAGAAUGGCAGGUAAUAUUUACAUAAAUAGAAGUAUAUUAUUGAAAACAAACAAUAUUUCUCUUAAGUUAAUAAAGUAUAGAUUAGAUUGAAAUAUACAUUGGAAAGCAAAGAUUUAACUAAAGAUUUUGGAAAGAUAUAUUUAAGGAUAAAGGCAUUCAGCAUGAAAUCCAAGAAAGUUCAGUCGAAGCCGAAGACAAUGUUAAUACAGAUAAUAAGGAACGAUUUCGUCAAAGAUUUUCGUAAUUAAAAGAAGAUUUCUUCUUCCAGAACAAAAAUUGAAGUGAAAUUGAUGAUAUGAAAUGAUUUAAAGAAAGAACUUUUAAGGAAACUGAAAGUUUAAGGACCGUAAUUGAAAUCAAUCAUUGGAUCGAAGAUUUCGCAUAUUUCAAGAAAAGAUUCAAUGAAGC